AUGUCAACUCCCACCGGCAACUUCCCUCUCGCGACCGAGACAUCCAACUCUGUUUUCAGUUGGGAUGUCGUAGACGGGUCUGCUGCUGGUGCCUCGGGUAGCUCGUCCGGCGGCAUCCAUAUCUCUCGUGGAGCGCUGAUUGCCAUCAUUGUCAUUGUCAUCGUCGUCGCUAGCUUCGGCAUUGCCACGUCUAUUCUGUUCUACAUCGCGAAAAGACGCGAGUGGACGGUCAAGGAGACGCUGCGGAGGUCGGCAAAGAAGGUGGUCGAUGCCCUGACGCCCAGGCGGACCGAAUUCCCCAAGUCAGUCAAGGAGUCUAUGGGCCGAGGCGACGUGCCGCCAACACCCCGUAUUAAGCCAGAGUAUUUUGAUGAGGAUGUCGAGAAAGGCAUUGAAAAGGAGGGUGACAAGAAGAAGCAGACGAACGUUGGCCGGAAGUGA